GGCAAAUAUAAGAUUUAAUUUUGUGAUUAUUGGAGUGAAUAUUUAAAAUAAUUUUUCGGAAAUAAUAAAUAAAAUAAAUAUGUAGCAAAUAAAUGGAUAAUAGUUGUAGACUGUUAAAUAAGAAACCUUUGAAGUGUAAAUUUAGACAGGGAAAAGUUAUAAUGAAAGAAAAUUGUGAAGUUUUCUAGGUUGGAAUGGGAGACAAGUGAAACAAGAAAGAAGUAAAUGAAAAAAAAAACGGAGAAAUAAGUGUUUUACGUUCGGAAGAGGAGGUGGUGGGUGCUCUUUAUCAGUCGCGGUAGUGUUAAUUACAACGGAAUUGUCUACCGCAGAACUCGAACAUAAUUUUUUUUGGCAUAAGCCAAUAAUUUGGAUAGAUAAAUGCAGUUUUAUAGGAUUGUAAAUACUUAACGUUUACAAACCGUCAUAUUGGAAGACCUGACACGACAAAAAAAGAAACAUUUAAAUUGUGUCAUGAUACACUUGCAUUUUUGCACUAAUAAAAUGCAGUAACGCGUUUAAAUCUAGCUCCUGACGAUAACUGUGAAAGUCUAAGAAGCAGUAUAAUGGAGAACAAUGGAGACGAAAUGCGGCGCCAUAUACGUCAUGAAAUUGAAGUUCCAGCCUAUCAUCAUGAAAUGGAAAUCAACGACGAUGGACCCGAUUCCUAUGGUCUGGUCUACGAUCGUGGCGACCGCACAUCCACUUUGGGAUUGUCAAUCGAACAAAGUCCAUUAACUUUCUAUAUGGGCACAUCCGCCGAAUCUGCUGCAGCUACAGCCGCGGUAACAAACUAUCACAACUUACCCAGCUAUCCGCCGCCUGUACUAACACCAACUACACCCCACAAUGCAACAACACACUAUGAAGGUGUCACCACAACGAUAUCCUAUGAUCCCGCUGUUAAUGCACCAUCGCCUUCCGUGUCUACACAACCAAUGGUUGGUUCUAUUGGAGUACAAAUGUAUCCGCCGGUGCGACACCAUCUGCAUCAUUACAAUCACGUACAUUCCCAUCGACAUGCUCUGACACAUCGACCCCACCAUACAGUACAUUCACACAUUCAUCCACAUGUGGAACAGCACCAGCAUCAGCACCAGAUUCAACAUCAGAAUAUGCACUCAGCAACAUCCACCAUACAAAUGGAUGGUGAUAUUCCAAGUGAACGUUGCGCUUAUGAUGCUUGUUUGAUAAGACGUGAUCCUUAUUUUGUGUGCAACAAAUGUUUGUCUGACACAUGCCACUGCGCACAUAGAACCUCCGGCGGGCUCAACCACUCAUCUUAUGACGCUGUACAUGGCGUAGACCAUAUGCAUACUGCACAGCAACAGCAAGAAGCAUUGACAACUAAUCUUAUUACAAAUGAAUUGCCAAGAGUCAAUCAUAUGGAUAUUAGUGAGGUGCCAGAUGAGGCGAACGAAAAUAUUGCUACUAGUUCCAAUACAAUUAUGCACUUGCAAGAUACUGAAGAGGUCGGAACAGUUGACGCUGUUAAUGACGAACACGAUUAUGCUUUAGAUAGUUAUUGGACACCUUCCGAUCGUUCAAGUGAUGUAACCGCCCUAACUUUGCCACAUGCUACUUCUACUGUUGAUACUCAAAAGACUGAUAUUAAAUGCAAACAAAUGCUUGCCAAUUCCACCCAAAUGAGCGAUGCAAACGCUACUAGCGGGACUGCUCUAAAUAUCGCCACCUUUAUUUCCGAAAAUCAAAGACAUUUGACGCACAACAAUAAUGUCCGUACACCUCAUUAUGCUCCAGUAUCUACGAUAACCAGUAGUGCUAUGGCAUCUGCAUUCUCUGCUAUCGCUGAUGGCAAUGCAUCCGUCGACUCGCUGGAUGAUGAAAUGAUGGUAGCAUCAACCACGACCGCAGCAAACGAUGACGGAAAUGAGGAGUCGGAAGGUAACAGAGGGUUAACAGGUGAUAUCAGGAGUAACAGGUUAGAUCUGUCGACGAGCGCAACUGCUAUUGAGAGAGAUAAUGAUGAAAAUUUGCAGUUACCUACGGAAUCUAGUGAAGCUUUAGCGCAUACAAAUGAUACCUUUCAUACAUCUCCAAUAUCACUUAAUAACAGCGACGAGGUGACCUCUGCAUCUGACACAGAACGCGCUCAUUUUGCGGACACAUGUACCACCAACACGACUACAACCACAUAUGCUAUAAAGAAGCAAAGUAAACCUACAAAUGCAGUGGGCUCUAGUGGCGGCAAUGGAAAUGGUAGUAAUAAUGCUGGUGGUGCUGACGGCAGAAGCAGCGUUAGCAGUUCGAUCAGUAAUCGUGGGUCGGUGGGCAACGUAGACGAUUUAGCUGACAUGGAUGCAUUACCCAGCUUUAGUGGAGCUUCAAACAACAACUGUGCUACACCUAACGGUUUUAGUGAUGAAGCGCAUUCAUCGACUAAUUUUCGCUCCGUUGGAAGCUCAGCAUUUGCUUUAUUCAAUAGCGAUCACAGUCGAACUACGCAUCAGGCAGAUGAUGAUGGUGGCGAUGAUGAUGAUGAGAUUAUUUGGAAUUUGCAUAAGCCGCGCGUUCAUAGUAAUACUAGCACCCCGGGAGGAGCACAACAUGUUAGGCCUAAUCCACAUGAAUUUCUGCGUUGGCGAGAACGUGAACGUCAACGCAUUAAGGAUCGCGAGCAGCAACAGUUUAGAAGAGGUGGGGUUACUAAUGAAUGGCUGCGCGACUCAAGGGAAGAGGAAACGGAUCGGCGUGAAAUCUAUUCACAAGAAAGAUCGAGUAGCUGUCGACCAGCAGAUGGAACCCCAAGGGCCGCCAAAAUUCCACGUAUAAGCAGCAGCCUUGUGCGGUCUAAUACUGAUAAUGCUAGCUGUGGUAUUAUAUCUGUAGAUAAUGAUGCUACUAACUCCAGUGAUUCUGCCGAUAGACGGACUGCGCGUCGUAUAAUGUGGCGUAUGCUGAAUGUGCAUGAGUCCAGCGAGGUGGAUGAGGUACCACAAUCACCAUCUACUCAACAUGUGCAGGAGGUAACACGGCCUUUGACCCCACCUAGUAGUACAGCGCCAUCGAACAAUGGUGCGGCAGUCGAACGAGGCUCAUACGUGAUCACAUAUGCUGGUCAUAGUGUUGGUCAUUCAACAGACAACAGUGUAGUGCUUUUGGAGGACAGUGAUUUAGAGGAGCAUCCCCAUAUUUAUACCACUGGGUAUUCAGUUGGAUCUGCGUCUGAUGCGGGCGAGGUAGGCACAUCAGUAAAUUUACCUACAGAGGUGACGGCGGUGUCAUCGCCUACGGUAAUGCAGCCCUACAUCGAUGACGAGCGGCCAACUUUUUCUGGAGCCGUAGCUACGAACUCGAUUGAAGCUUCUACAUCCGCCAGUGGAGCAAAUAAAAACAGUUCGAUAGCCACUGUGUCUAAAAGUCCAGCUUCCAUGGACAUAUCCAAUAGAAGUGGUGAUGGUACAGCUGUAUUAACCGCUCCUGAUUUGCAAUUGGAUUGGUUAUCGGAUUCCACAGGUGACGACGAUGAUGUUGUAUUUGUUCAUUCCACUCGCGAACCAAUACUAUCAAUUGAUCUUACUACCGAUGAGGACACGCCUGCCCCAGUACAAAAUGUAAGCGGUGAUGACGGUACCGCUGCAGAUUCUAAUGGAGCAACAAUAGAAGGGAUGGAAAGCGCACAAUCGAAUUAUUUUCGUUUGAAUCCACAAUUUAGAGAUGUGGCAGCAGGCGGUCCACUACUGCAUCCAUAUGCAGUUGUUCCGCCAGGUUAUCAACAGUGGGAUGUAGCCGGUUCGAAUAAUCAACAGCAAGCGUCUUCCAAUAUUGAAACUGAUGAACCCCUAGCGCAUCCGCAACACCAUCACGAAUGUAUGAGGCAUGCCGUAUAUCAACCGCAACAGGCACAUCAACCGCCACACCAGCGAUUCUCCUCACUGCUGCGUAAUCGUUAUUACAAGUAUAUACCGGCUCCAAAUCCAUUUUACGAACCACAACAAGCUCAUCAGGUACAACACCAACGACCCAUGAUGCAUGAGCUGCAUGGUAUAUGUCCGGAAAUGCGGCGUCUUCGACGUUCCCCACAAUUAAAUAUGCCAACGGCGGCCGCCACAAUGGGCCGCUCGGCGUUACCAGUUCUACGCAGCGGUGCCACAGCAACAGCACCAAAUACGGAUGGCGCCAUUAUUUCUAUACCCACCAUUGAAGAGGUGUCUUUGCAGGAUUUAUUUGGGGGUCGUGUGCCAGGGGCUCAUGCACCUAUGCACCCACAUCAGAGUCGCAACGAAGGAAACAAUCUUUUCUACUCAACGCGUCCUACUGGCCCUUCACGCUUUCCCAGGGGUAUACCUGCUGUCAGUCUUAACGAGAGCGUCGACGCUGCUGACAGUUCAAAUAUUGCUGUUGGCAGCAGCGGUUCAUAUUCAAAUACAUCAGUUGGGGAUAACAACAACAAUAAUAGUAGUCCACCCAUACCGCAAAUAGCGCCAUUUUAUUUACACUGCCGACGCGCCGAUGACGAAGUGCCGCCACUACAGCGAACCAUUCAUUCACAACAAGAGCCCACAAUCAUUCCUUCCUCUUCGUUCGGCCGAAGUCGUACAACAUUAGCCGGUGCGGCAUUAGCGGCCGCAGCAGCAGCUGCACGGCAGUACCCCCAUACCGACAUCAGCGCUGGACACAUGCAAGGUGUAUCGCCUACAGCAGCUAACUACGUGUCUUCUGCCACAGCUCCUGCAGUACACCCACCGGGUCCACCGCCCGACGCUCCUUCAACACUGACCGCUGUAGGACAUUCGAGUAAUAGCGGUGGUGGUGGCAGUAGCGGAGGCGGCGAUGAACGUGUCAGUGGCAUGCUGCCCUAUCCCACAUUUGCGGUAAAUGCGAGAGCACGUGCUCCACUCCCUACGCUGAUGGGUCGCCUGCAACCAAGUGGUAGUGGUAUUGGCGGGCCUUCUGGUAGUGCUGGCCAUCAUAGUGGUGCUCGUCAUGGCGGUGCAGCACCGCCGUAUCCCGUGCACCAAAAUCUUUGGUAUCGCCAACAACAUAUACAGGAAAUUCAUCGUCGCCACAUGACACCCACACCCAUUGAUUUGUCCUCGAAUCCACUGAAUCUAACAAAUAGUUUCCGUUGGCGUUCACAGCUACCGAAUACAUGCUCGUGUGUGCAUGCCAGCAAUGGACCGGUGUCCAGUUUAGAUCCGGCGUACUAUCCUUAUGAAGCACAACAACGUCGACGAUCGGCCGUGCAUCACCACAUGUUCCAUCAUUACUCACCGGUGCAUCUGGAAAUUGGACUUUCGACACCGCUUUCACACAUAGGGCCGCAUAUUUUAAUUGGUUCUGCCAUAAGACCGAAUCGUGGCGCCACUCUGGAAAUCAUUGAACGCAAUACAUUGCCACAUAAAUACAAACGUGUUCGCCGCCCAAGCGAAUCUGAUGAGGAUGCCGAGAAGUGUGCCAUUUGUUUGUCAUUAUUUGAAAUUGAGAAUGAUGUGCGCCGUUUGCCAUGCAUGCAUCUCUUCCAUACUGAUUGCGUCGAUCAAUGGCUGGUCACAAAUAAGCAUUGUCCCAUCUGUCGUGUCGACAUUGAGACACAUUUAACCAAAGAUGCGACCACCACUAGUGCUUUAUGACACUCAUCCACCACGGGACUGCUUAUGUAAAGUGAGGAGAAGUGAGCGGGCAGGAGAGAGAAUAGUAAAACUAAUAUCUGCUGCGUUCAAAACAAGCAAGAAAUCAGAUGGAAACCAUACAAAUACAUAGCCUGAUAUUAAUUGUCAUGCAAAAAACUUUGAUCGCAAUUAAAAGCAGAAGCCCUAGUUAUAAGUUAUUUAAAAGCCAAAAGAAAAAACAUGUAAAAUAUCUAUAUUAUUAUUAUUAUUAUAUACAGUAUAAUGCAUGUAAAGAAAUUUAUAGCUUAAAGCUA